AGACAGGGGGACUCAGUUGGUCUGCAGCGGCCGCUGGACUGGUGUGAAAGUGCGCCGUCUCAUUUCCUCGGCGCUGCGGAGGACGGUGGGGUGGGGAAGGGCCCGAGGCCGCUGCGGCCCUGCCUUGUCGUUCCCUCUGGAAGAAGGAGUCCCAGGUCGCCCUGUCUCUGCGCCCCCUCGCCCCGCCCGGACGUUCACGGCGGGGCGUUAGACCUCUUUCUCCGGCUGCAGCGCUUGGUCGCCUCCCAAGGAGCGGGUGAAUAUGAGCCGUUUCUUGGUGCGCAGAGCCCACCGCCCCUCCUCUCUGAGGCAGGUAAAGAAGAGCGAGGUCCGGGUAUACGGCCAGAGAGAAGAAAAACAAAUUGAGCACCUAGGAUGUGAAAGCUCCUCUUCUUUCUAAAGGAACCAUAUUGUUUGCAAGAUGGAUCGGAGUAAGCGAAAUUCAAUAGCAGGAUUUCCACCACGCUUGGAGCGUGUUGAAGAUUUUGAUGGGGGUGGCGGAGGCGAUGGGUCCGUGUCCCAGAUGGGCAGAGUUUGGACUUCUUCAUACAAGGCCUUGAUUAGUGCCUUUUCAAGACUUACACGACUUGAUGACUUUUCUUGUGAGAAAAUAGGAUCUGGUUUCUUCUCUGAGGUGUUCAAGGUGCGGCACAAAGUAUCUGAUCAGGUUAUGGCUUUGAAGAUGAACACGCUAAGCAGCAACAGAGCAAAUAUGCUGAAAGAAGUCCAGCUCAUGAAUAGACUUUCACAUCCAAACAUAUUAAAGUUUAUGGGCGUCUGUGUACAUCAAGGACAACUGCAUGCCCUUACUGAGUAUAUCAACUGUGGUAACCUAGAACAGCUGUUGGAUGGUAAUCAACAUCUGCCCUGGACAGUAAGGGUGAAGCUGGCACUGGACAUUGCUCUGGGACUCACUUACCUUCACUAUAAAGGCAUUUUCCAUCGGGAUCUGACAUCCAAGAACUGUUUGAUAAAGCUUGAUGAGAAUGGAUAUUCUGCUAUAGUUGGUGACUUUGGCUUAGCAGAGAAAAUCCCCGAAUUCAGUGAGAAACUGCCAGUGGUGGGCUCUCCUUACUGGAUGGCACCUGAAGUGCUGAGAGAUGAGCCAUAUAAUGAAAAGGCGGAUGUAUUCUCGUAUGGCAUCAUUCUUUGUGAGAUUAUAGCAAGGAUCCAGGCAGAUCCAGACUAUCUCCCUCGCACAGAGAAUUUUGGGUUGGAUUAUGAUGCUUUCCAGCACAUGGUGGGAGAUUGUCCCCCUAACUUCCUCCAGUUGGCCUUCAACUGCUGCAAUAUGGACCCAAAAUUACGUCCUUCAUUUGCUGACAUUGUCAAGACACUGGAGGAAAUUCUAGGGAAUUUGAAAAGUGAGGAGGCUGAAAGAGAAAGAAAGCUCCUAAAUCUGGACAGCACAGAUCGAAAACCCAUCUCAGUUUCCAAAGGUUUACUAGAGAGGGGACAAGGAUUAAAAAGGCUAAGUUCACUGGAUGACAAGAUUCCACCUAAAUCACCCCGUCCACGGCGCAAUAUCUGGCUAUCACGCAGUCAGUCAGACAUAUUCUCUCGCAAACCUUGCUGCAAGAUAAAUGUUCAGGACCCCUACUAUACACCAAGCAAAGGGGCAAAUCGGAAAGUCAAUCCUUUCAAUUCUAGGGAAGACUUGAAAGGUGGGAAGGUCAAAUUUUUUGAUUUGCCAAGCAAAUCUGUUAUAUCACUUGUAUUUGACUUGCACUCGCCGGAGGCAGAAGGAUGUCUGAAGAUGAACCAGACCCCAUUCCGGCAGACUUCUAACACUGACUGGCUGGACUCCUCUUUUCUUCCUGCAAGACGGAGCAGAUCACUUCCAGGAUCUCUUGAAUUUGUGCAUAAAGAUUAUAGAACAUUUGGGGAUCUCUCUUCAACCAUUGGUAGAUGUGAUCCCAGCCAGCUGGGGGCUGAAAUGCGGCAGAAGCUACUGAGCAGCAGUCAGUAUGGAGUGUCUGAGAUUCCUCCUUUUCAGGCCAAACAUCAUAGGCAGGACUUGCCUUCUCCUCCUCUGCAAGAGGAGGAGAUGGACUAUUCUGAUGGACUGGAGCCCCAAGAUGAAAAUGGGUACUGCCCUGUAAAUUUUGCUAAGGAAGCAGAACUCGGAAAGCCCAGGGGGCAAGUUGCCCAGAAUGUAGAUGGUAUCUUGGCACAUAAUUUAGACCAUUCAGAAAAUAGAUCCUCAGAGAUGUUUAUGAGCUGCAUCUCCUCUGAAGAUAUGGAAGUUGAAGAUGAAACUCAAAGGAACAUGCCUUCCACUAGGUCGGAGUCUUCCAAACUAUUGUUCAGUGUUAACCCUUCCCCACAGUCUGGCAGAGAAGCCUCUCUUUUUGAGGCAGUGGAUAGUGACAUCUCAAAUCUUGUUUCUCUGCCAUCUUCAAAUGCACCAGCAUCAGUAUGCGAGCAAUCAAAAUGUGACAUUUAAAGUUCAGCCAUGAUACCAUGGUGGCAUAUUCCUCCCAACUCUUUGCUUUUUUAAUUUUCUAUGUCAGAAUACUCUAGCAAAGUGUAGCAACCAGACCAGUCCAUUUGGAGAGAGAGCAUGUAUGUCAGUGUGUGAGAGAUAAUAAUCCCUUACUGUACCUCAGGAGGCAGCUACUGCAGGUGGAAGGGGAGAACGAUAUCUCCAUGGAACGCCUGGAUCAAUGCAAGGCCAUAAAUAUGGGAUCCUAGGCUUGCCUCUACUUAGAAGCCAUUUUCUGUCUGUGUACACAGCUUAGAUCCCAUUUAAGAAAUUCUUCCAAACUUGGCAGCAUCCUUUAAAAAAAAUCUAUAACUCUCUUUUUGUGUCCCUUCUUGGGAGCUGCUGUGCAGGUAUAAAGGACCUCUUAUUGAGUAUAACAAGAUGGAAAUUGGCAAUGCUGGGACAACAUAGAUAAGGUGGUAGCAUCCUGUACCUCUGUUGUAAUGACAGGUUCAUAGUGCUGGCUUGAAACCCAAAGUUCCACUGAAGAAAGUCAGACUUCACUGCUGGAGCUAAAUUUCCUACCUCUUCCAAUCCAGUUUCAAAUACUGGAAGCAAACAGCUCAGAUUCCUACUUCAAGCAUUCCUUGUCCAAUUAUUACUUGCUUUGGUCACCUUAAGAAAGAGGUCGAUCCCAUUUUCCUUAAGCAAUAAUAGGUGCUGUGCAACCAAAUGCCUAUUCAGUAAAUUUGAAGUGCACAAAGAGGAUGAACAGCUGUGUGUUUGUAACUCUUCAGUAUCUCCAAUUCUAUAUUGUAGAAGAAAUUAAGUGUAUAACCACCCAAGUGUUUGACAUGGGAGCUCUUAAAAGUAAGCCAACCCUUCCGCAGCAGCAUUCUCUUAAAAUCCAGCUCUGUCCAGCUCUUUGUGCAACUCUUCAAUCAGCCUCUCCAUGUAGGUCAGUCACACACUCUGAACAGAUGUGUGCACAUAUGGAAACUUGGUCUGUAUUUACAUUAUGUAUAACUUACAAGUACCUCACUUGAGAUUCCUCCAUUGGAAGAGGGAUGCUUGUUCACUAGACUCUGACUGUAGCUGCAGAAAUAGUACUUCCAGUCCUCACUAAUCUCUCUCUGAGUAUCAAGUCCAGCACAAUGCUCAAUGUAGAGAGAAGUUAGUAUGUGCUGAAUAAGAGGGAUUGGGGUCCCAAGUCUUGACUCUAGUCCCUUAUUUUAAUAUAAUAGGCUAAUGAGAACUCCCCUGUGGGGAAGAAAUAAAAAAGCAGUGCUGCUUCCUGAUGUGUGUAGCUGUCCUCUCUUAUUAACCCCUCAAAAAGGAACCAUAAAAACGGUGAAAGUCCACAAAAAGUAUCAAGCAAUAACUUGGGGAUCACAGAUAUGGAAAUAUUUGAAAAACAGGUAACAAUAUCUUGCCUAAGAGUUGCUUGUUGCAACCUUGACAGCAGAAAAGUCUUUUUGCAAUCUAUGCUUAUCUAUAAAGGAGCCCUUAACAAUGUCAAGUUCCUUCCGGAGAACUCCCCACAGCUAUUUUUUGCAUGCAUUUUUUUAAGACAGUGAAAAAUAAAUGUGUUACCAUCUCACUGCACACUUAGGAUAUAGUAACAUUUUGUUUCUCCAAGGAAGAUGCAUUUACUCUUGAUCAGUGCAUGGAUACUGAAAGAACUGAGCACUGGAGUCUGCUUUAGAGGCCAUGAAAGGAGUCCACACUUCUGUAGUUGAUGUGUGAGCUCCUAGAACCCUGUAGCCUUUAGAUGUUUGACUUGUACUCUUACUGUUUUGUGAAGAUUUAAACAAGUGGCCUCUCUGAUUUUGCUUCAUCUAUGUUUUUCCUGCUUUCAUGCAGUUUUUCUGCAAACAACCUAUCAGAUGUGGUAUUCUUUCUUGAGCUGGGGGAGAGGGUCGUUUAUAUGGCUGCUCUGCAAUCUUAUCAGAAUGCUAGUGCAAUGCUUUAGUCUCUUAUCCUGGUACAGAAAGCAUGACAUUUCUCCAGCCCACACUGUAAUGGAGUUCUUUUUGAAGGAGCUUGGUAGAAGCCAAUUCCUUGGUCAUUGUGUGGCUAAAAAUUAAUGUAUACUGUCCACUUUUACAACCUGUAAGAGUCCCUGGCCCCAUGGCCUUCUGGGUAUGCAGUCUAGAGCCAGUAUUGCACAGCAGCUGUUGGCCAUUAGCUGUAAUGAAUACAGAUUGUGGCAAGACAUUGGCAGUGCUUUGUACAAAUACAAUAGUGAAUUUUGCUUUUAUCAUGUUUUUGAUUUGCUGACAGAUGCAUCUUGCUUUCUUACAAGCGACCUGCAGACCCAUCUAAGAUCCCCAAUCUGUUUUUAAUUCACUCAAUCUUUCUAUGUUACAUUUAUUAAACACGUAAUAGCAGCAAUACUUGUAACUGAUUGGUGAAAGAUGACUGUGUAUAAUUGUAUGUAACAAAUUGCUACCCCAGCAGAAGACAGGAGUAUGAUAGGUUUAUUCUUGGUUGCUGUAUCUUGUCCAAGAACACUGGUGUUUCUUGCCAGUUUAACUACAGACACUUGAAUAAUUCCUCUUUGCACUUAAUGCUGCUGUUUAUACUGCAUGUCACUACAUUUCUAUGCAAAAAUAACUUUUGGGGCAGCCAAAUAUUUGAUUAAGGUUUAAAGAUCUUUGCAAGAUCUAUUUUCAUAUUUAUGAAGGAAUUUUAUGUCUUAAUAUUUGCAGUCUGUAAAUAGCUAAACUUUGUCAUUAAAUCUUAGGAAAAAAAGUCUGUAGCCUGUGUAUAAUUUAACACUGCCAGAAAAGAAUCUUUAUGAAACAUUUUUCUAAUACUGCAGAUAUUUAUGGAUGUGUAAAGAAGGCAAAUAUUGGUUUUUAUGUUUUACUUGGUCUGACUUUUUUUCCUGAACUACAGCAGCAGUAUGUUUUACUGGAACUGAAAUAAGUAACCAAAGAUGAAUCUAGUUUAAAGUAUUUGAAUGUUUUCUUUGUCAGUUUUUGUAAACUGUUUCCCAAUUUGCUUUCAGAAUAAAAACAAAUAAAUCUACUUUUGUGGUUGAAAAGAGAGCUAAGAAAGAAAGCUCUACCCUGGAUUCAGCAUUCUCUGACCACCAGAGCAAGAGCUGCUGUGCUAGCAUAAGGGCGAGAAUAAUGGAGUAUGAAAUAAUAAUGCAGUAUGAAAUCCAAUGAAACAGUUGCAUUUCUUGUGCAACUUUUAAGGGAUGUGAUAGUCUGCUUCUUUGGUAAAUGUCUGAUUUCACAGAGGUUCCUUUUAUAGUAUUUUAUGAUUCCUUUUUUUCAAGCUACAAAGAGACAGUUACUAUUUAUUUGUUGUGUGGAAUUCAGAUUUCCCCCCCCCAAAAAAGGUGGUGUUUCUAUUUCCAACUACCCAACAGUAUGCGGCUUAGAAAAUACACCCCCCACUUUCAUUCUGAUCUUUCAUCAAAGCUAUGCUUUGAACUAAAGUGUCAUCAUUCUGUUUCCCACAGUGGUCAAGUCACGUUUCCAUAAAGUCAGGAAGGAAUGCAUAAACAGUAUCCUCCCCAACAACAGGUAUUCAGACGCAUACUGCUUCUGGCCUAUUUCAUUUGUAUUUGGCAUAAUCUUUUUUUUAGUCGUUUAACCCAGUAGUCAUCACAACAUCUUAUGUCAACAAAUCAAGUUACUGUAUAUUAAAUACUUUUAUAGUUUUAUUGAAUCAACUUUGAAUGCUUGGCUCCUAAGCAUCUUGUGCUACUUAUGUGAACAGGACUUCUGAGGACUAGCAGCUAUAACAACCUCUUGUAACACAUGCAGGGCUAGCCCAAAAGGAUAUUGUACACUAGUGUUGGCAGUGGGCGUUAUGGCACCAGUUCAGGCAAAAGUGAUAGAUUAAUAUGUUCCCUGUAUUUUCCCCGUACAACUCCUUUGUAUCUGAAACCCACAGAUCACCAUCAAUUAGGAAUAUUAGCAAUAAGUGGCAACCAGUGAAUUAAAAUGUACCAUUAGUGUUAGAAGCAGAAAACAAAAGUUAGAAAAGCAAAAUAAAUUUAAGCGGAAGGAAAAGAGAGAGAAGCUUAAUGUAUAAAUACAUUUGGGUAGGGGGAAGAGUAAGAAAUACUGGAUAGAUUUAGAACUUAUGGCUGAUUUGUACUGCAGGUGUGGGAAGCCUUUGGCUCUUCAGAUGUUGAUGAACUCCUAUCAUCACUGGCCACACUUGUGGGGGCUGAUGGGAGUUGUAGUUCAGUAACAUCUAGAGAGCGACAGGUUUCCCACACCUGCUGUACUGAUUUAGUUGUAUACCAAGUUUACUUGAUAAUUGUGCUAUGACCAUCAAUUCUAAGCUGCAAUAUACAGGAGUGUCAGGCACCCACACAUGGAAGCUUUGCUCCUCCCUUUUUGUGAGCUGUGAAACAAGCCAGGAAAUCCCAGUUAAGCAUGGUUUCCUGUUCCCACUAUGAACAGAUGGUUAAUAGCUGCCAAACAAGCUAAGAUAUAUAAGCAAACCUAAAACCUUAACUCCAUAUUUUGGCUUGUUUGGAAGCCAUUUGGGCAUAACCAAGCACUAUGAUCAACCAAGGCUUUCUGCUUGUUCACAAAAAGGAAGUUUGUGCACAGCUAAUACUUGUGCAUACUACUUCUACUGAGAUUAGAUUGCCCAAACUAGAUUGGUCAGAGGGCCAAACUACCACAGCAUGGGGAGGCCACUGUCUUUGCAACUAAUUGGUGGGAGGAUCAUUUGGCCUGAGAAGGAGAGUACUAACAAAACAGACUGUUUUCUUUCCCUGCUAAAGCUAGUGGUUACAAAGCUGAGUAAGAUUAAAAGCCUUUUAUAAGUAAAGGCAGCCAGCAAGAGAUUAAAUCUCUGCUGUAACAGCAUUAGUUGGCUGGGCACAUUUCCCCUCUACUAAUGCCAAACCUGACUUUAAAGGUAGCAUUGGUGAAUCGAUUUUUGACCCUUUUUUGUUUCCAGUAGGUUUUACCUAAAGUACACUCCAAAUCUUGAGCAGUUGUUUGAUUUAGUUUGAGAACAACAGAAUGCAGAGUAUGCUGCAGAUAUCUUCCUCUGCCCUUUGCAAACUAAGGUUCACAGAAGCUUCUUACUCAUUUAUUCUGCAGCAAACUUACCAUCGAACAGGCAAGUGGUAUGGGUAGAAGAAAAGCAUGAAACCUAUUUCUGAAAUUCUCUUGCAUCUUCAAGCUCUUGUGCCAUCCUCUGUGUCUCACACAUAGCUGCAGUUUUUUACCUCCUGCGCCAAAUGUUUCAACAUUAUUGUUACAGAAAAGAAUAGGCCGUAUCUAACCAAAUCAUUGCACACACUGCCAGGUUGCAGAAAUGUCAAGAGUAUAUGGGGGGGCAUGCAGUGGGAGGAAAGGGAACACUGUUGCACUUAUGGAAGUCAUUCAGUGCACACAAUUAUUUAGUUGGAUACAAUGCAAUAUUUCAUAAAGGGUGAUAAACAUGAGCAACAGCUAGACUACUGCAAGAGACAUGUUGUCGCACUGUUCGUGCCUUGUUCAAAACAGACCUGCUGGACCUCAAGAAUGUCUUUAAGCAGCAGAGUCUUGUACUAGGUUUUCUGCACAUGCCUUGUACUAGGCACUGAUGAGGCCCAUAGAACUUUGGGUGGGUUGGAAAAGUAGUUAACUAAAGACCCAAUCAUCAAAACAUGAGCUUAGUUAUAUGGCUACCAUGCACUUUUAAAAUAUGCAAAUACUGGGCACAAGCAGCAGGGUGGGAUGAAAGCACCCCCACUGCCACAUACCCUGAAGUCUGAAUGUUGUUCCUUCUCCCCUCCCUCCCUCUGCGAUUUGAAUCUUUUUGAAUACGCACUUUAACUGAAUUUACACAAUAUUGUAUCUAGUUUGGUAAGUACGCUGGUGCAUACUUACCAAUAUACAGUGCUACCUCUACUUACGAAUGCGAUCCAUUUCGGAGUACCAU